GAUAGAAGUUUAGUGUGAGUAAAACUUUUCUUAAAAUCUUGUAAAAACAAAGAGAGGGAUGUGCUCCCCACACGUUCAUUUCUCUCUCUAUAUAUUUACACUUAACAUUGUGAUUGAGUAUAGUAAAAUUGAGAUCAAUGGCAUCAAUUACUAGCAUAAUUAUUCAAGGUGGGUUCUCAUUAUCUUCGUUCAGCGCGAAGCGAGGGCGUAAGACUGUGGUUCGUGCUGAGGCUAUUAAUCCAAAUAUUAACAAGGAUGAAGUACCAAAAUUGGUACUUCACACUGUUGAUGUCACUCAACUCUCGAAGCCUGUUACUUCUUACUGCAGGUGUUGGAAAUCUGGGAGUUUUCCUCUAUGUGAUGGAAGCCACGUGAAACACAAUGGGAUAACUGGAGAUAACGUUGGACCCCUCGACUUGAAGAAGCAGUAAGACAGUAAGGGGUCGUUUGGAACGAAAACAAAUCAUGUGGGCAUUAUAAUAUUUUUUAUCCACAGUUUGAUUUGUUAUAUUAAAAAUAAUAUAUUUAUUGUAUAGUAUAAUAGUAUUGAAUAAGGUGUGUAAGUAUAAGAAUAAUUGGUAUUCUUAAUGCCAUGAUAUACUAUGUAUAAUAAUAUAUUGAAUAAAGGUUUG